AUGCGUUCUCUUCUCUUGUCCGCGGCCCUGCCGCUCGCCGCCGAGGCCCUCGUCUUCCGCGACGACAACCAGUUCACCCAGGCGCCUGGCAUUCUGCGCUUCCCCGUCAGCACCACCCUGAUUCCCGGCAAGGCUCUGAGGAGUCGGCAGGAUGAUGUCGGCCUGGCGGACCAGAAGACUGGCCUGAUGUACACCAUCGACGUCACGAUCGGUACUCCUGGCCAAAAGGUCAGCGUGCAGUUCGACACGGGCUCUCCCAACCUUUGGGUCAACCCUCAGUGCAGCACGGCUCCCAACAAGGAGCUGUGCACCAAGUUUGGCCAGUUCACCCACUCCACGACUCUGGUCGACCUCAAGCAGAGCGGACAGCUGAGGUACAACAUCGGCCGAGUCAACGUUGAGUGGGUGUACGACUACGUCAACAUUGGCAACUCGAGGAUCAACCAGCAAAUCUUCGGUGUUGGCACCGCCAGCACGCAGCUGUCGGCGGGUAUCCUGGGUACCAGCCCCGACCUCACCGGUUGGAAGAGCCCCUACCCCCUGGUGCUCGACCAGCUGGCUCAGCAGAACUUCAUCAAGAGCCGUGCUUUCAGCAUGGAUCUUCGGCCCGUUGGCGAUGAGCGCGGUUCCGUCAUCUUCGGCGGUAUCGACACCAAGAAGUUCACUGGUCCUCUCCACAAGCUGCCCAUCGUUCCCGCGAGCCAGUCUCCCGACAAGUACACUCGCUACUGGGUCAACGUUGAUGGAAUUGCCAUUACCACUGCUGACGGCAACGCCCAUACCAUCUUCGACAAGACGGCCGGCCUGACUGCUUACCUCGACAGCGGCACCACCGUGAGCCAGCUGCCGCCUGCCAUGUUCAACGAGGUGCUCAAGCUCUUCCCUGGAGCCCGCAAGGACACCCGCUACAACCAGUGGUACGUCGACUGCUCGCUGGUCAACAGCAAGGGCUUCGUCAGCUUCAAGUUCGGAAACGUUGUCAUCAAGGCCCCCUUCCGCGACUUCAUCUGGCAGCAGCCCGACUACAAGGUCUGCGUGCUUGGCUUUGUUCCCGAUGCUGGAAACCAGUUCAUUCUCGGUGACACCUUCCUCCGCUCUGUGUACACCGUCUUCGACUGGGACAACCAGAACGCGUACGUUGCUCAGGGCGAUGACUGCGGCAGCCACAUCAUCCCCAUCGGUAAGGGCGCCGACUCCGUCCCCGAGCUGGUUGGCGAGUGCGGCCGUCCCACCACUUCGUCGACGACCUCGCACUCCAAGACCACGUCCGAGACCAAGACGUCGUCCCACACCAAGACCGACACGACGACCACGUCCAAGCCUACCAAGACCGGCUCGAGCUCUUCUGGCUCCGUGACGUCCACCCCUAGCGGCUCGACCUCCAGCCACGGCACCGUCAGCUCCACCACCGGCUGGCACAACGGCACGACGACGGCGGCCCCGACUUACACGUCGACGGUCCGCACCACGCGCACCUACACCAUCACGUCGUGCGCCCCCACGGUGACCAACUGCCCCGUCGGCCACGUCACGACCGAGACCAUCACCUCGCUGACGACGUGGUGCCCCGGCGAGACGGCCAAGCCCACCGUGACGGAGACGGCCAGCUGCCCCGAGAUCACGGGCACCUUCACCAUCCCCGCCCCGCCGUGCACCAAGUCUCCCUGUGCCUCGCAGUCGGCGCCUGCCGUCGUCACCGUCGUGCCCAUCACGACCCACUCCGUCACCGUCACCGUGCCCGGCUGCCACAGCUGCGGCCCGGCGCCCACCGACGUCACCACCCCGGCCGUCACUUACACGGCGACGACGCCCGCCGGCACUGCGCCCGGCAUCUCCACCGUCACCAAGCCGUGCACCACCUGCAGCGCGCCCACCCAGAGCGCGCCGGUCACCGCUGGCGCUGCCAAGACGGUCGGCCUCUCCGCCGCCGGCGUAGUUGCCGCUGUCCUCGCUGUUGCGCUCAUGUAA